GAACGAUUGAGCAAACUUACUUUCCACUCACCAAUACGAUAUACAGGACCUCGAAAUGCCGUCCCGCGAAGAUGUCUACUACUACGGUGCUGGCCCGGCGCCUCUGCCGACCCCGGUCUUGGAGGAAGCCUCAAAAGUCAUCCUGAACUACAAUGACUCGGGCAUGGGCAUUGCAGAAAUCUCCCACCGCAGUGCCGAUGCCAAUGCCAUUCUCGCCAAAGCUCAGUCCGGUCUCCGUCAACUCUUGGAUAUACCGGAAUCCGAUGGACCAGAUGGAUACCAGAUUCUCUUCCUCCACGGUGGUGGCAGUGGAGAGUUCAGUGCCGUUGUCUACAACAUGGUCAGCGUGUGGAUUGCAAAGCAGCUCAAAGCAGUCGGUGGCGAUGAGACGAAGCUAGCGGAAGUCGUCCAGCAAAAGCUCAAGAUGGACUAUCUCGUCACCGGAUCGUGGUCUUUGAAAGCCUCGCAGGAAGCAGCCCGCCUCGUGGGCGGCGAGCAUGUCAACAUUGUCACGGAUGCUCGAAAGCAUAGAGACGGCAAGUUUGGCCUCGUACCGGAUAAGUCUACUUGGAAUGUCACCUCAGACAACGACUCCUGCACUUUCACCUACUACUGUGACAACGAGACCGUCGAUGGUGUCGAGUUCCCAAGCCCGCCUUCCGGCCAUAACCUGGUCGCCGAUAUGAGCUCCAAUUUCCUCUCCCGCGCUGUCGAUGUCAAGAAGCACGCAGUCAUCUUUGGUGGGGCGCAGAAGAACGUUGGUACGACCGGAAUUACCAUUGCCAUUAUCAAGAACGAAUUUCUCCCACCUCACGCCGAGUACGCCGACCCCAAAGUCCUCCGCAAACUCGGUCUUCCUUCUGGUCCCAUCGUGCUUGAUUGGCCGACUAUCGCCAAGAACAACAGCUUGUAUAACACGCUUCCCAUCUUUGACGUCUGGAUCGCCGGCCAAGUGAUGGAGCGUCUUCUUGCCAUGCACCCAGCAUCAGGUGGUGCACGCAUUGCAGGGCAGGAGAACGAGAGCAACCAGAAAGCACACUUGCUGUACUCUGCUCUAGACAACAACCCUACAGUCUACUCCGUCGUCCCAGACAAGACUGCUCGCAGCCGGAUGAAUAUCUGCUUCCGCAUCAAGGGCGGCGAUGCUGAUGCUGAGAAGGCAUUCUUGAAGGGUGCUGAGGCCAAAGGUCUGCUGGGACUAAAGGGUCAUCGCAGUGUUGGUGGUAUUCGUUGCAGUAACUACAACGCCGUGCCUAUCGCUGCAGCAGAGAAGCUGGCCGCAUAUUUGCAAGAUUUCGCGAAGGCUUAGGAAGAGAGACCAGAUGGUGAAAAGUCUUGUCAAUUUGGGCGGCUUUUGUGCGUUAGCGUGGAGUUUUGGUGGUCUGUGAUUGAAGUCGUCAAACAAAAAGGUGGAGCGACACCCACAAUAUACCUACAAUGAUAGAACGAUGAUUUUUGUCUAGUUGUCCAUGUAACACUACAGUCCCGGUUCUCUUCUAGGAAGGAGGAAGCCUGUCGUGUGACUUUCUACUCUCAGAGGUACCUGCUAUGGUGCAAAGCAGACAAUGCUUUAGAUAGACGUCUUGCGUUGAACACCAAUCCAUUAUUCUAGCACCGACAACAUCAAGCAUGAUAUAGUCAAAGAACGCAUGCAAGAUGCUGUCUUG